AUGACCUGGGUAAUCAAUGCUACGGAAGAGGUGGACCGGAUCUCGCAAUGGAGGCUCAUCUUUGCUGUGUGCAUGGUUUUGACUAUCGUCUCGGCCAUCAUCGUCACCAUGAGGCUACGGAUUAGGGCCAAGGCCAGAGGAAUGGCUACGGAUGACUGGAUGGCUACGCUGUCAUUGGUAUUUGCCGUCAUCUACUCAAUCAUCUGUAUCGUCCAAACAAAAUAUGGCCUGGGUCUGCCUCUGGUACUUCGUCCAAAGGCGAACCUGAUACCCUUCACCCGGGUCAAUUACGCAGGAAGGCCCAUCUACCAAGUGGGCAUCAGCUUCUUCAAGAUUGCUCUGUUGAUCAGCUACCUCCGGCUUUUCGACGGCACGAACCAGAAGCUGUACCGCAAAAUCAUCUGGGCCACCAUCGUUCUCGUCUUCCUUGCUCAUCUUGGAUGCGCACUCGCUCUGGUGUUUGCUUGCCAGCCGGUUGACAAGUCGUGGAACCCCACGAAAGAAGGCACUUGUUUGCCCCCGGGCCCGUCCUUUACCGGUUACGCGGUCGUCACGAUUGUGUCGGAUGUCGUUGUGGCACUGCUUCCCAUUCCGGUGUUGCUCAAGCUCAACGUUUCGCGAAGCAAGAAGAUUGGUCUUAUCGGCAUCUUCCUGCUCGGUCUCUUCACCACCCUUUGCUCCAUCAUGCGAUACCUCCAGAUCGACCGCAUCCAGAACGGCGAUGGCAACUCGACAAUGCUGAUCCUCUGGGGAGUCAUUGAAUUCAAUGUCGGCAACAUGGUAUCCUCCCUUCCCUUCCUCGCGCCAGUAUUCCUCCGAAAGGCCAAGGAAUACCGCACAAAACACACGCACGGCUACGGCUCCUCGGGAAGCCGAAGCCGACGCAUCGGCAAGGGAAGUCAACUCUACAAACUCAGCAGCCUCAGCAAGAACGGCGAAGCAGAAUCCAGCACCGUGGGCAACACGGGAGACAAGGGCACGACGGCAUAUGUCACCGGAGGCUUCGACAAGCACAGCACUAGUGGAAGUGAGGAGGAUAUUCUCAAGAAGGGAAACGUCACUGAUGAACGGAUAACGCCGCAUCAUGAUCCGAACUCGAUUGUCAAGUCGAUCACUUACAGCGUGCGGGUGGAUGACGGGACGAGUUCUGGUGAGAGAGCUCGCUAUAAUGCGAUGUUGUAG